AUGUGCUGUGAUCUUGAAGUAGAUGUCAAUGACGAACAAACUUUCUUGGUGGAUAAGAAAGUUCUUACAUCUUUCUCAGGUAGAUUAAGCAAAUUAUUUGGUAAAUUGACCGGUUCCACGAGGAAACUGAAAGUGAUAUUCCCUGACUUCCCGGGAGGUGUAGAGGGUUUUGAGCUCAUUGUGAGGUUUUGCUACAACAAUGGAAGAAUUGAUAUGUCUCCCUCUAAUAUAUUUUUGCUAUCCUGUGCUGCUAAUUUCAUGGAAAUGAAUAAAGACAGCUCAAAUAUGCCCAAUUUAGUAGGCCAAAUUGAGAAAUACCUUGAUGGGAUCAACUAUUGGACCUGGUCUGAUUUUCUAGUUGGUUUGAAACAGUGCCAAAAUUUGCUUCCAUUCAUGAGUUCUUCGUGUAUACUUCACGAUUUCUUGAAGUUGUUCGUAGUAAAGCAUGAUUUUCAUACUGUUUCAAGCCCUUCUACUUCAUCCUCAAACAUUUCUAGUCCUCAAAUUUCGUUUGAUGUAAAUGCUGACAGUAUCAGAAACCAAUGUUCGCGAACUACUUGGUGGUUUGAGGAUCUUGUCUUCAUGAACAUUAAUUUGUUUGAAAUGGUGAUAAAGACAAUGAUAUCACAUGAACUUGAUCACACUAUGAUAUGCUCCUUCCUCUUUUAUUAUCAAAAAUCGAGUUCUCUAGGUGCCUCACCACUUCAGAAGUGCAAAAUCACCGAGACUCUAAUCAAUCUGCUUUCUAUGCUUGAUGGGAGCUGCAUUUCUUGUAGAGGUCUAUUCCAUAUUUUUCGAGUUUCUUCAAGUAUGGAAAAACUUAGCAGAUGCUGCAAGAACAAGUUAGAGAAUCUGAUUGGUUCUCGGCUUGAUCAAGCUACAUUGGACGAUUUGCUUGUUCCACCUCCACGCCACCAAAGUUGCAUGUAUGAUGUGAAUCUGAUUCUGAGAUUUCAGAAGUCAUUCCUCCUUAAAAGCAGCAACCGGUUUUUCCUAUAUCGAUUGAAGAAAGUUGCUGCCUUGAUGGACUUGUACAUGGCUGAAGUAGCCCCAGAUCCCGGCCUGAGGCCUUCCAAAUUCGUGGCAUUGGUGACGGCCUUGCCAGACUUUGGAAGGGACUUUUUUGACCAAAUAUACCAAGCUUUGGACAUGUAUCUUGAGGUCCAUUGUAGUUUAUGUGAAGAGGAAAAGAUAACAUUAUGUUCUUCACUGAAUUAUGGCAAGCUCUCACCAGAAACUCUUAAACACCUAGCUCAGAACUCGAAUUUUCCAGAGAGUAUGGUAGUCACUGCAAUUGUCUCUCGGAAAUCCAAGCUCGAAAGCCUCCUCCAGGACACACUCCAUCUUAAGACCCUGAGCGACUCAUUACUACACUAUAAUAAGAAGGGCAAUGAAGUUAAGAAUGGUGAUGCUGAAGAAAUCCUUCUUUAUGUGAACACACUCGGUCUUUCGACAGAAAAUGAGAAGCAGAUAGGUGCACAUAUUCAAGGUAUGCAAUGGGGGGUGAUGGAAUUGAAGAAGGUCUGCCGGAAAAUGCAGCCCCAAAUGGCAAAUACCAUGCAACCGACAAAAAUGUGA